CUUUCAUCGACCCAUCUAAAGAUCUAAUCAUCAUUUUCUUUUUCCAUAGUUUCUCCAUACUUCCACUACAAUUUUUAAUCUAGGGUUUUUAAAUUCCGUUAAUGGCGCUACCACAUCCCUAAAUUGGACACAACAUCCAUCGCCAUGGAAGCUCGUAGUUAUAGUAAUGCUGCCGCAUCCGCACCAGAUGGCGGUACUGCUGCUCCACCGCCUGCACCGCCUCCGAUGUCCAGUGUCAAUGCUCCACCGCCCUUCUUGGUCAAGACUUACGAUAUGGUGGAUGAUCCUGCUACCGAUAAGGUUGUUUCUUGGAGUGCUACGAAUAACAGCUUCGUCGUCUGGGACCCGCCCGAGUUCGCUAAAGACCUUUUGCCCAAAUACUUCAAGCACAAUAACUUCUCCAGCUUUGUUCGACAGCUUAACACUUAUGGGUUUCGAAAAGUCGACCCUGAUCGAUGGGAAUUUGCAAACGAAGGAUUCUUAAGAGGCCAAAAACACCUGCUCAAAACCAUCGUCCGCCGGAAAUCCACCUCCGGCCACCACCAACCACCGCCACAGCCCCACCAACAAACCACCUCUGUGAGUGCAUGUGUUGAAGUCGGAAAAUUCGGUCUAGAAGAAGAAGUAGAAAGGCUAAAAAGAGACAAAAAUGUCCUGAUGCAAGAACUUGUGAGAUUAAGACAACAACAACAAAGCACAGACAACCAAAUGCAAUCAAUGGUGCAACGCCUUCAAGGCAUGGAACAAAGACAACAACAAAUGAUGUCAUUUUUAGCAAAAGCAGUCAACAGUCCAGGAUUCUUGGCACAUUUUGUACAACAACAAAACGAAAGCACAAAAUUAAUAACAGAAGGGAAUAAAAAAAGAAGGUAUAAAGAAGAAGACGGGGUCAUUUCAGACAAUUCACCUGAUGGAAGGAUUGUUAAAUAUCAACCAAUGAUGAAUGAUGCUGCACAAGCAAUGCUUAAACAGAUCAUGAAACUAGACACUGCAUCUCCACGUUUAGGUCCUUUCACUUCAGGGGUAACCCUUCAAGAAGUCAACCCACCACCAGCUUCCGGUCAACCCUAUCUACCAUCAGUCACCGGUGUAUUAUCCGCACCUCUACAAGCAAAUUCCAAUGUCAUUGCAACAAAUCAGAGUCUGCUAGCGGAUGGUCAACAGCUGCCCGAACUGCCUGAACUACCCGAACUGCCCGAGCUCUCACAGUUGCAAGAAAUGGUGCCUGAACUGUAUCCUGAAACACAGAACAUGGUGGAUGAGAAGCUUCAGUUAGAAAUUGGGGGGUUUUCACCUGAUGUGGAUGUAGAAUGGGACAAUAAUUUGCUGACCGAAAUGGAGAAAUAUCUGACCGCAUAUGACCCGUCAUGGGAGCAGUAUAUUGAGGGGAGCCCGGAGGUUGACACGGCUGAUGACAUGGACGCGGGCCCGGCCCCGGCCCCGGUGGAUGAUGUCAUGAAUGGAAAAAUCUUGAAGCCAUAUAUUAUACAACAAACAUGUGAGGUAGAGUAUGGAGGAGAAGUAGCAAGGAAUGUUGACUCAAUGAAAGUAGGGGUAUAUUUGUACAGCGACAUGAGAUAGAUCUCUUGAGGUCAGAAAUAUAACCUGAGAUCAGCUAAGUUAUAUACCUUUUAAUUAUGUAACAAGCCAACAAAUUAGAUAAUUGAAAUGAAACUUAAGUGCAUGACUAAUUUACCUUAUCAAGUUAUAUGAAUAUGAUUGUAUUUGAUAUUAGUGAUGCUCAACUCAAGGAAGAGCUUCUUGGGUUGGGACAUGCCAAUUGCCAUUGUAAAAUAAAUUCUUGAACAACUUUUUAAAUGUAUGACUAGUGACGCACA